UCUGUUGUGCCCGGACCUGUGAGCUUCUCGUAGAAGUGAAGUUUGUGGCAUCCUAAUCACAGCCAGGCAGCGCUGGGCAAGGAGUUUUGGAGCGAUUGCGGAUGGGCAUGACGCUCGGGUUCCUGGGGGACACCUGCCGGUCAACCGUGGCUGAGGAUCAGUGGAGUUCAGGAGAAUUCUGUGAGAAGAAGGGAGAGGAGCCGGACAUGAAGAGGAAGAGAGAACAGCCCAGAGAAUUCAGCCCCGGGGACCACCCUAGCGGCUUGGUUGGUUUACACAACAUUGGGCAGACCUGUUGCCUUAACUCCUUGAUUCAGGUAUUCAUAAUGAACACGGAUUUCACCAAGAUAUUGAAGAGGAUAACAGUGCCAAAGGGCUCAGAAGAGCAGAGGAGAAGUGUUCCCUACCAGCUACUGCUGCUGCUGGAGAAGAUGCAGGACAGCCGGCAGAAGGCAGUGCGGCCCACAGACCUGGCCUGCUGCCUCCAGAAGAACAACGUGCCACUGUUUGUCCAGCACGAUGCUGCUCAGCUGUACCUUAUAGUGUGGAACCUGAUCAAGGACCAAAUCAUGGACACAGAGUUGGCAGAGAGGCUGACGGCCUUGUACACUAUCCGGGUGAAAGAGACCUUGGUGUGUCUAGACUGCGCCAUGGAAAGCAGCACAGACAGUAGCUUGCUGACCCUUCCUCUAUCUCUUUUUGAUGUGGACUCGAAACCCCUUAGAACACUGGAGGAUGCCCUGCGCUGUUUCUUCCAGUCCAGGGAACUAUGCAACAAAAGCAAAUUCUUCUGUCAGAACUGUGGGAAGAAAACAUGUAGGAAACAGGCCUCAAAGCUCACCCAUUUGCCCCAAACUUUGACCAUCCACCUCAUGCGGUUCUCCAUCAAGAAUUCAAGGACAGAAAAGGUCUGCCAUUCGCUAUACUUCCCUGAGAGCUUGGACUUCAGUCAGGUUCUUCCCAGUGAGCAGCACAUCAGUGAAACGGAGGAACAGGAUGAAGGGCAGUAUGAACUCUUUGCUGUGAUUGCCCACAUGGGGAUGGCUGACUUUGGUCAUUACUGCGCCUACAUCCGGAACCCGGUGGAUGGAAAGUGGUUCUGCUUCAAUGACUCGCAUGUUUGUUGGGUAUCCUGGAAGGACAUCCAGUGCACCUAUGGGAAUCACAGCUACCGCUGGCAGGAAACAGCAUAUCUUCUGGUUUACAUGAAGAUCGAGUCCUGAUACAGUCUAAACCUCUGGAAACUGACAAGCAAUUGUUUUCUUUUUCUUUUUCCUGGAUCUGGUAGACUCUUCUAAGAGGCUUUGGGGUGACACAAAGCGUCAUUUUCCAGUGUAUAUGUAAAUGUUAUGCACAGCCACGUGUGACUGUUGCUGUGGUUUGAAUGUGGCUUGCGUGCGGGAGGCCUGGUCUCCAGCCUGGCAGUGUUGAGGUGGUAGAAGCUCUAAGAGGCAAAGCCUGGUGAGAAGUAACAAGGUCCAAGUGGCCCCCAAAUCUGCACACCGAUGGUGCCCUUCCCAUGCCUCAGUCACAUUUGGAUGCAAUGAAGAGGGCUCUUGCCAAGAUGUCAGUACUAUGCUGGUUGAACCCUCCAGCCACCAGAAUUAUGAACCAAAUAAACUCCUUACUUUACAAAG